UAAGGCUGCAUACAGGCUGUACACUUGUUAUCGUAGCAGAAACAAAUUUUUAAAUUAUUCCAAAAAGAAAAACAAAUACCUUAAAAUUAUUUCAACAUGAAUAAAUCGGAUGCAAGCACACGCCAGGGCCACUACAAGGCCAACACUCUCAAUACGCAGGACUCGCGCAUGCGUCGCCAUGAGGUGACCAUCGAGCUGCGCAAGUCUAAGAAGGAGGAUCAGAUGUUUAAGCGCCGUAACAUCAACGAUGAAGAUCUGACCUCGCCUCUGAAGGAGUUAAAUGGACAGUCGCCGGUGCUGCUAUCGGUUGAUGAGAUUGUGGCGGCUAUGAACAGCGAGGAUUCGGAACGCCAAUUCGUGGGUAUGCAGCAGGCGCGCAAGAUGCUUAGCCGCGAGCGCAAUCCACCCAUUGAUCUUAUGAUCGGACAUGGCAUUGUUCCUAUCUGUAUACGCUUCCUUCAAAGCUCCAACACCAUUCUGCAGUUUGAGGCUGCCUGGGCCUUGCCUUGUACCAACAUUGCAUCGGGUACAUCGGAGCAGACGCGUUGCGUCAUUGAGCAGAAUGCUGUGCCCCAUUUCAUUGACCUCCUCCAGUCGAAGUCGCUUAAUCUUGCCGAACAGGCCGUUUGGGCGUUGGGCAAUAUUGCGGGCGACGGCGCUGCGGCACGUGAUAUCGUAAUUCAGCACAAUGUCAUCGAUGGCCUUCUGCGUUUAAUCAAUAAUGAGACGCCUCUGUCCUUUCUCCGCAACAUUGUCUGGCUGAUGUCGAAUUUGUGCCGCAACAAGAAUCCAUCGCCGCCCUUUGAGCAAGUAAAGCGUCUGCUGCCAGUGCUGUCGCAGUUGCUGGUCAGCCAGGACAUACAGGUGUUGGCCGAUGCGUGCUGGGCGCUGUCGUAUGUGACAGAUGAUGACAACAACAAGAUACAAGCGGUGGUCGAUACGGAUGCAGUGCCACGCCUGGUAAAUCUUCUGCAAACCGACGAGCCCAGCAUAAUUGUGCCGGCACUGCGCAGUGUCGGUAACAUAGUCACUGGCACGGAUCAACAGACCGAUGUGGUCAUAGCUGCUGGUGGCUUGCCCAAGCUUGGCUUGUUGUUGCAACACUCGAAAGGCAAUAUAGUUAAGGAGGCUGCCUGGACAGUGAGCAACAUUACGGCCGGUAAUCAGAAACAGAUUCAGGCAGUCAUCGACGCGGGUAUCUUCCAGCAGAUACGUCAUGUAUUGGAAAAGGGCGACUUCAAGGCACAAAAAGAGGCCGCCUGGGCGGUAACCAAUACAACCACGUCGGGUACUCCCGAACAAAUUGUCGAUCUCAUUGAGAAGUACAAGAUAUUGAAGCCAUUCAUAGAUUUGCUAGAUGCUAAGGAUCCGCGUACCAUCAAAGUGGUGCAAACUGGUCUUUCGAAUCUGUUUGCUCUCGCCGAGAAGCUGGGUGGCACGGAGAAUCUAUGCCUGAUGGUGGAGGAACUAGGUGGCCUCGACAAACUGGAAGCUUUGCAGCAGCACGAAAACGAAGAAGUCUAUAAGAAGGCCUAUGCCAUAAUAGAUACUUAUUUCAACACUGGUGACGAUGAGGCCGAGCAGGAGCUAGCGCCGCAGGAGGUAAAUGGUGCACUGGAGUUUAAUGCCACGCAGCCCAAGGCGCCGGAGGGCGGUUAUACCUUCUAAUGUGCCCGCCAUCAAUACACAUACAACACAGUACACCACACCAUUUUUUUUGUUCUUAUGCGACCGCGCCUACACCAUCUACACGCGAUGUACACUUUUCGAGUUUGUCACUCCGAAGCACACUCUAAAACCCAAUGCCGUAAAGGCUGAGGAAGAGGCAAAUACCUACUCUACUAUAUGACCAAUGCCUAUACCUAUACCUAAACAUAACAUUGUU